UAAAAACUUCAUGGACUCGAGUACAGUUCAUUGAAAUAUCGGUGGCGGAAUUAAAUGCUUCAUUAUUUUUAUAGAGAUAAAGGAAAACUUGAAAUGAAAUUAAUCCAUUUCGUCUUUUCGUUUCAUCUCUAACUAAAAAUAUCCGCCGAUUCUGCGCACUUAAAUCUCCGUCUACACACACGCAACACUGUUUCUCGGCAGAGUAGAAAUCCCGGCCUGUCGGCCAUGGCGAUUGCAGCUGCAGCUGUUAUCGUCCCGUUGGGUGUUCUCUUCUUCAUAUCUGGUCUCUUCACUAAUCUCAUUCAGGCGAUAUGCUUCAUACUUAUUCGGCCAUUAUCGAAGAACAUAUACAGGAGGAUUAACAGGGUGUUUGCAGAAUUGCUGUGGCUUGAGCUUGUAUGGCUUGUUGACUGGUGGGCGGGUAUCAAGAUUAAACUGUUCACGGACCCUGAGACACUUAAACUGAUGGGUAAGGAACAUGCUCUUGUAAUAUCGAACCACAAAAGUGACAUAGAUUGGCUGGUUGGAUGGGUAUUAGCUCAGCGAUCAGGUUGCCUUGGCAGCACAUUAGCUGUAAUGAAGAAAUCAUCAAAACUCCUUCCUGUUAUUGGGUGGUCCAUGUGGUUUUCGGAGUAUCUUUUUCUUGAAAGAAGUUGGGCCAAAGAUGAAAGCACAUUAAAGUCAGGUCUUCAACGGUUACAUGAUUAUCCACUCCCCUUUUGGCUAGCACUUUUUGUUGAGGGCACUCGCUUCACGCAGGCAAAACUUUUAGCUGCUCAAGAGUAUGCUGCCUCUGCAGGUUUACCUGUUCCAAGGAAUGUUCUAAUCCCUCGUACAAAGGGAUUUGUUACGGCUGUUAGUCACAUGCGAUCAUUUGUUCCUGCAAUUUAUGAGAUGACAGUGGCCAUUCCUAAGAGUUCUUCACCACCUACAAUGCUACGGAUGUUCAAGGGGGAAUCCUCUGUGGUCCAUGUUCACCUCCAGCGGCACCUAAUGAAUGAUCUGCCAGAAAAUGAUGAAGCUGUUGCACAGUGGUGUAAAGAUGUUUUUGUCGCAAAGGACAAUUUAUUGGACAAACAUAAUGCUGAAGACACGUUUGGACGAGAAUUGCAGCGAGAUCUUGGCAGACCAGUGAAAUCACUUGCUGUGGUUGUAUCCUGGGCAUGUCUGCUAAUUGUAGGGGCAGUAAAAUUUGUCCACUCCUCUUCACUUUUGUCUUCAUGGAAAGGUCUAACAAUUUCAGCAGUCCUCCUGCUUGUCAUUACUGUUCUUAUGCAAAUACUGAUAAAAUUCUCUCAAGCCGAGCGCUCAUCGCCGGCAAAGGUUGCACCAGCUAAUGCUAAUCAGGUUGGAGCCAAUAGUAGAAGACAACUUAAAGAUCAGUGAUUUUGUUAUACGUCUUUUCUCAUAGUGACAAUCCCCUCCCUGGAUUUUGGGUAGUUUAUUUAAAAGCUAGAACAAUGGUGUAUGUAUUAUGUAACUUAUUGUUUUGUACUGAGCUGCUUUAUGCCCCUGAUGAACUUCUUAUGAUGCCCAUUCUUGUGGUUUAAGCUUUGUAUUAUGCAUUUCCUUAAAUACUCUUUUUUUACUGUUCCUUGAAUACUCUUAUUGCUACACAUCAGUUCAUUUACUUUCUCAAGGCGUCUCAUGUUUCGAUGCAACAUUUGGAAUGGGAUUUUUAGUUCUAGUAUUUGAAAUUUGAAACAUGGAAUGAUGGAAUGGUUGAAUUAGAGCCGAA